AUGGAGAAGAAGAUAAACGAAGAGCUCUUGAAAAAAGAGUUUGCUUCUCAAGAAGACCUUCGAAACCAUGUGUCGCUUAUACAGACAAUGAUAAGAGAUUAUGAGAAGGAUCUCUACGAGAGAGGAGAAUACGAUGACCUGUCUAAGAACAAAGUUAAAGAUUGGAGAAAUAAAGUAUACAGGAUCAUUCAAGAGCACAAGGAAACUUCUGAAAGUAUGGAGAACAUCGAUGAACUAGAGAAUACAAUAAAGCUUGUUCACAGACAAAUAGGAAAGGCCGAUUCCAAUCAACAAAUAUUAGGGAAAAGUACCUUAAAGCUCAUGGGAUUGAACUAUACGAACACUGACAUCGAAAAAGCUCUAAUGGACACAAGAAAAAAACUCAAGGAGAGCCAAAGACAGGAAAAAAUCGAAGGAUUUCUAGUCUUAGCGGCCCUCCUUGUCUUUAUACUUGUAUGCAUCUUGAUACUGUUUGACAAGUUUGUCUCAGGUAGAUGA